ACAUUCCAUAGUUGGCGGAGCCUUACCUAGCGUGAACCUGCUUGCAUUUCCGUCAGCAUUUCCGUGUAGUCGGCAACUCUGCUAAACCCUAAUGUUUUGAUAACCAGAAUUAGUAUAAAGCAUCACCAGAAAUGAGCAAACUGGACAAGUUCCUGGCGCUACCAGAAGACGACUCAGACUCAGACGAUUCUGAACACUCCAAGUCAGAGCAGGAGGCGGAGGAGCAGGAGGAGGAAGAGGAGGAGGCCCAAGCUAAGGGGCCGGCGAAGAAGAAGGCGGCCAUCAAACUUGAGGACCUGGAACGAGCCGGCUACAAGUCCGGUCCCAGCGUGCUGUACGUCAAACCGCCCGCAGAGACGGGCGAGCAGAACUGGAACUGGGGGAGUGGCCGGGAGGCGAAGGAGAAAGGGGAGGACUCGGACGAGGACCGCGGCGCGACGCGGGCGGCGGUUCAGGGCGUGGAGGCGAGCGCGGCCAUCGCGGUGAAGGCCAUGGCGCAGCAGGCGGCGCUGCGGGAGGGCGCGCGGCAGGAGCGGCUGGAGGCCAAGAUGGAGCGCAUCGCGCAGGAGAAGAAGGCGCUGACGUUCAACCAGAAGGAGAAGCGGAAACGCGACGAGGGCAAGACAUCCCGAGCAAAGAACUGUGAGUAAAACGACGCGCACCGGCGGCCUGCCA